GCGACUUACAGUCAUGCGUGCAUACAUUUUUGUGUAUGGGUGGUCCCAUGUUGAUGUUGUGUUUUCUGUUACCAAAGUGUUUCAUCUUUCCCUGCUUUUUCCUAUCCUGCCACACCUUACAGGCUUCCCAUCAUUCGUAUCUUAUUCAUGACAUCAUGUCAUUAAACCUCAAUGCCCCUAUGGUGCUGGAUCAUGAACUCUGCUCCACAGUAAACAGAUGAUUAUUGUAGUGAGUGACAUAGAUGACGUGUCAAGUAUAAAGUAUACCCUAACUAACCAUAAACUUGACAUUGUCUCAUUAUCUGCAUGAGUAUAGCUCUGACGUGGGAGAAGGCUAUAAAUGGUUGAGUGGUAUUGCUCCUCAUAUACAUUUGGUCACAGUACAGUAAGAAGAGUGUGAAGAUGAAGGGCUAUAUUUUGCUGUGUUUAAUAUUUCUGCUCCCUGUCACAGUUAUUGGACAAGGUACUACACCAGAUCGUGAGUAGCAUCUUUUUCUGCUAUGCAAUCUUUUGACGAAAUCUGGAACGCAAGCCUGUUUUAUAUAGCAUGAGUAGGCUUUCUGUAGCUCAGUUGGUAGAGCAUGGUGCUUGCGACGCCAGGAUAGUGGGUUUGAUUCCCGGGACCACCUGUACGUAAAAAUAUGCAUGUAUGACUAAGUUGCUUUGGAUAAAAGUGUCUGCUAAAUGGCAUAUUGUAAGAUUACUGUAGUUAUGAACUUAUACACUGAUGGCAUUUCUAAAAUUAAUGGUAAAAUAGAUAUAAAUAAAUGUCCUGCUGCUUUUUGGGCUCUUUGUUGGCUAGGCUCUUUAUUUGAAGGUAGUGCUCUUUAUCAAAUUGUGUAUUUAGUUUGUCAUGAUGUUGUUGGGCCAAAACAAUUGAAAAAUGUAAUGUUUCAAUUACAUGUUUUGUUUUUACAUCCAGUGACAACAUCGUGUGUAGGAGUAAAGGACUUUGAAGUGUGCAGGAUACAUAUAUCACCUAAAUGCAGUGACAAUAGCAAAUGCUACUGUAAGGACGAUAAAGCAUUUUGUAGGUAUGUUUCAGCAUUUCCCGCACUCUUUUCCCUCAAUAUUUGUAUAUUUGUAUAUACACUGCAUACUGUAUAUCAAACAUUAGGAACCCCCCCCCCCCCCCAAGAACAGCCUCAGUUUGUCAGGGUAUGGAUUCUACAAGGUGUUGAAAGCGUUCCACAGGUAUGCUGGCCCAUGUUGACUCCACCGCUUCCCACGGUUGUGUCAAGUUGGCUGGAUGUCCUUUGGGUGGUGGACCAUUCUUGAUGCACACGGGAAACUGUUGAGCGUGAAAAUCCCAGCAUUGUUGCAGUUCUUGACACAAAGCGGUGCGCCUGGCACCUACUACCAUACCCUUUUCAAAGACACAUAAAUAUUUUGUCUUGCUCAUUCACCCUUUGAAUGGCACACAUACACAAUCCAUGUCUCAAUUGUCUCAAGGCUUAAAAAUCCUUCUUUAAACUGUCUCCUCCCCUUCAUCUACACUGAUUUGAAGUGGAUUUAGGGACUGUACAUUAUUUAUAAUGAGGGAUACCUGGAUAAAAUCGUGUCUCUGAAAUUAAAAUGGAUGGCCCUCCCUUCAGUAAAAUAUAUGUUUACCCUACCCUCCCUGAACGAUUGAAAAAAAACAAGUGACCCUGCCCUAUACCCAAAAUAGUCAUUCAAACAUAAAGUUGAUAGCAGAAAACAUGGACAAGGGUAGGGGUGAAAGAAUAUACAUUAUAAUAAAAGCACUGCAUGAAUCUAUCAUCUUAUUUGCUGUCCGAGAAAAAAAUGCUUUUAUAAACGCAUUUCAUGCAAUUCUAUGUCAUUUUACAUGACUGGAGACAAGUAGAAUAUUUUUUAAUACUACAACAGAGCAUGACAAUUAAUGAGCGGAUGCUGCAGCACGGGAUACGUUUUGAUUUCUAUACAAGCUGUUGUUCAAAAAUAGGAUAGUCUAAGUUUGUAACAGUGCUAAAGUUGUCUAUCAACUGUCAAAAUUGAGCGCAACAGAACCAGUUAAAACUGAAGUAUCUGACCAUCAAUGAAUUAGAGAGAAAGCCAUUCAUUGUUGAACACAGCAGCCGCAUAUCAUCAGGUAGGCCUGGUUUGUCUCUAUGAUAUUCAGAGGCUGCCCUACAACCCUACUUCCCAAGCAAAUCACAGUCAACACAAAUCUAGUUUGUAACAACAAUAUCAUGGAAUAAAAUAGAAUAAAUUAGAAAAUGAUAGUUUCCCAAAUUAUUUUUUUAUGCAUAUUAUGCACUUGUAAAAAAGUAGAUAUACACUACGGUCAAAAGUUUUAGAACACCUCCUCAUUCAAGGGUUUUUCUUUAUCUUUACUAUUUUCUACAUUGUAGAAUAAUAGUGAAGACAUCAAAACUAUGAAAUAACACAUACAGAAUCAUGUAGUAACCAAAAAAGUGUUAAACAAAUCAAAAUAUAUUUGAGAUUCUUCAAAUAGCCACCCUUUGCCUUGAAGAAGCAUGACCCUCCCCCAUUUUCCUCCGGGUAACUAUUGUGUACAUUUUGAUCUCUCCCUUAACAAGUGACAUCAAUAAGGGAUCAUUGCUUUCACCUGGUUAGUCUAUGUCAUGGAAAGAGCAGGUGUCCUUAAUGUUUUGUAUACUCAGUGUAUAUUUGUAUAUAUUUUAAUAUUUUUAGUUUUGGCAUCAGACCUAAUUCGAAAAGUAUUCCGAAUUUGCUGUUAUGUUCCUUUUCAGGUGUAACAACUACAUAAACAUGUGGUACAUAGGGGAGAACUGUGACUUUGAGUGGACAAUAUUGACAUUCGCCCUGGUAGCAACUCUACCAGGAUUGGCCUUGGCUGCUAUUGUUGGUGUGAUGGUCCAGUGUGUCCAUUACUCAAGGAAACCAGCCGAGAAACAAAAGGAUCAGACAGAGGGGUAAGAGCGGGAGAGGGUUUGGACAAGGUUCAAUAUGUCCAUGUGUUUUGCACAUUGUAUGGCACCUAGUAUCAGGAAGUAAGCUUGUUAAAAAUAUUUACAUGUUGAGCAGAAUUUAUUUAGAUUUGUCCACAGUCUUGUUUCAGGUUUGAAAUGACUAGACACUUAUCAUAUUUUUAUAAUGUACAUUUCACUCUUUUCAGUUACACAAAUAAUGCAAUGUCACCAACAACAUAUGAUGAAAAUAAUCAAGAUUACAUGUUCUCCAACACUGUGAGUAGCUUGAGUCCUUUACUUAAUUCUCCCAAUGGUAUUUGACCAACAUAUAACAUAAUGGUGUUUCCAAUGGUGAUGACACAUCCAGAGAUCUUGCUAAGUUAGGGAUUCUUUAUCUCCCAGCAAUAAUGCAGUCAAUCUUUUACCUCAGAUAAAUUCAACUGCAGGUAUUCUUCUAAGGUCAUAAAACCAACCAAAUCACAGGGUACUAAACUCUUGUGACCAUAGGAGAUGGAGAGAAACAGCCUUUGCACUGGUACAAAUCACAGGAGGAUUACAGCACCAUGGCUAUUGUACAUAGCUGAAUAGUCCAGCAUUCCUUAAAUUUUAUUUGUAGUGUUUAAAAAUAUAUAUAUACACUGCUCAAAAAAAUAAAGGGAACACUUAAACAACACAAUGUUACUCCAAGUCAAUCACACUUCUGUGAAAUCAAACUGUCCACUUAGGAAGCAACACUGAUUGACAAUACAUUUCACAUGCUGUUGUGCAAAUGGAAUAGACAACAGGUGGAAAUUAUAGGCAAUUAGGGUUAGGGUUAGACACCCCCAAUAAAGGACUGGUUUAGCAGGUGGUGACCACAGAACACUUCUCAGUUCCUAUGCUUCUUGGCUGAUGUUUUGGUCACUUUUGAAUGCUGACGGUGCUUUCACUCUAGUGGUAGCAUGAGACGGAGUCUACAACCCACACAAGUGGCUCAGGUAGUGCAGCUCAUCCAGGAUGGCACAUCAAUGCGAGCUGUGGCAAGAAGGUUUGCUGUGUCUGUCAGCGUAGUGUCCAGAGCAUGGAGGCGCUACCAGGAGACAGGCCAGUACAUCAGGAGUCGUGGAGGAGGCCGUAGGAGGGCAACAACCCAGCAGCAGGACUGUUACCUCUGCCUUUGUGCAAGGAGGAGCAGGAGGAGCACUGCCAGAGCCCUGCAAAAUGACCUCCAGCAGGCCACAAAUGUGCAUGUGUCUGCUCAAACGGUCAGAAACAGACUCCAUGAGGGUGGUAUGAGGGCCUGACGUCCACAGGUGGUGGUUGUGCUUACAGCCCAACACCGUGCAGGAAGUUUGGCAUUUGCCAGAGAACACCAAGAUUGGCAAAUUCGCCACUGGCUCCCUGUGCUCUUCACAGAUGAAAGCAGGUUCACACUGAGCACGUGACAGACGUGACAGAGUCUGGAGACGCCGUGGAGAAUGUUCUGCUGCCUGCAACAUCCUCCAGCAUGACCGGUUUGGCGGUUGGUCAGUCAUGGUGUGGGGUGGCAUUUCUUUGGGGGGCCGCACAGCCCUCCAUGUGCUCGCUAGAGGUAGCCAUGACUGCCAUUAGGUACCGAGAUGAGAUCCUCAGACCCCUUGUGAGACCAUAUGCUGGUGCGGUUGGCCCUGGGUUCCUCCUAAUGCAAGACAAUGCUAGAUCUCAUGUGGCUGGAGUGUGUCAGCAGUUCCUGCAAGAGGAAGGCAUUGAUGCUAUGGACUGGCCCGCCCGUUCCCCAGACCUGAAUCCAAUUGAGCACAUCUGGGACAUCAUGUCUCGCUCCAUCCACCAAUGCCACGUUGCACCACAGACUGUCCAGGAGUUGGCGGAUGCUUUAGUCCAGGUCUGGGAGGAGAUCCCUCAGGAGCACCUCAUCAGGAGCAUGCCCAGGCGUUUUAGGGAGGUCAUACAGGCACGUGGAGGCCACACACACUACUGAGCCUCAUUUUGACUUGUUUUAAGGACAUUACAUCAAAGUUGGAUCAGCCUGUAGUGUGGUUUUCCACUUUAAUUUUGAGGGUGACUCCAAAUCCAGACCUCCAUGGGUUGAUAAAUUUGAUUUCCAUUGAUAAUUUUUGUGUGAUUUUGUUGUCAGCACAUUCAACUAUGUAAAGAAAAAAGUUUUUAAUAAGAUUAUUUCAUUCAUUCAGAACUAGGAUGUGUUAUUUUAGUGUUCCCUUAAUUUUUUUGAGCAGUGUAUUAACACCCUCUUUGGAGGACAAAAAUAACUUUUUGUUUUUACAGCUUAUUUGCUACAUAUACAUACAUUUUACAUAUUACAUACAUAGCACUUUUUUACACAGUGUUCAGGUAACAUAAAUAUUGUUUUUUUUAAUAUAUAGAUAUCUUGAUGGUCCUCUGUAGCUCAAUUGGUAGAGCAUGGCGCUUGUAACGCCAGGGUAGUGGGUUCGAUCCCUGGGACCACCCAUACGUAAAAAUGUAUGCACACAUGACUGUAAGUCGCUUUGGAUAAAAGCGUCUGCUAAAUGGCAUAUUAUUAUAUCCAUUUACAUUUUAGUCAUUUAGCAGACGCUCUUAUCCAGAGCGACUUACAGUUAGUGAGUGCAUUCAUUUUCAAACUGGCCCCCCGUGGGAAACGAACACACAACCCUGGCGUUGCAAGCGCCAUGCUCUACCAACUGAGCUACAGGGGACUAUAUACAUACAUAUACACACACACAUACAUACAGUACCAGUCAAAAGUUUGGACACACCUACUCAUUCAAGGGUUUUUCUUUAUAUUGGCUAUUUUCUACAUUGUAGAAACAUAGUGAAGACAUCAAAACUAUGAAAUAACACAUAUGGAAUCAUGUAGUAAGCAGAAAAGUGUUUAUAUUUGUGAUUCUUCAAAUAGCCACCCUUUGCCUUGAUGACAGCUUUGCACACUCUUGGCAUUCUCUCAACAAGCUUCACCUGGAUUGCUUUUCCAACAGUCUUGAAGAAAUUCCCACAUAUGCUGAGCACUUGUUGGCUGCUUUUCCUUCACUCUGCCGUCCGACUCAUCCCAAACCAUCUCAAUUGGGUUGAGGUCGGGGGAUUGUGGAGGCCAGGUCAUCUGAUGCAGCACCCCAUCACUCUCCUUGGUAAAAUAGCCCUUACACAGCCUGGAGGUGUGUUGGGUCAUUGUCCUGUUGAAAAACAAAUGAUAGUCCCACUAAGCCCAAACCAGAUGGGAUGACGUAUCGCUGAAGAAUGCUGUGGUAGCCAUGCUGGUUAAGUGUGCCUUGAAUUCUAAAUAAAUCACAGACAGUGUCACCAGCAAAGCACCCCCACACCAUAACUCCUCCUCCUCCAUGCUUUACGGUGGGAACUACACAUACGGAGAUCAUCCGUUCACCCACACCGCGUCUCACAAAGACACGGCGGUUGGAACCAAAAAUCUCCAAUUUGGACUCCAGACUAAAGGACAAAUUUCCAUCGGUCUAAUGUCCAUUGCUCGUGUUUCUUGGCCCAAGCAGAUAUCUUCUUAUUAUUGGUUCAUGGCACACUUCACCAUUAUUCUACAAUGUAAAAAAUAGUACAAAUAAUGAAAAACCCUUGAAUGAGUAGGUGUGCCCAAACUUUUGACUGGUAGUGUGUGUGUAUAUAUAUACAGUGCAUUUGGAAAGUAUUCAGACCCCUUGACUUUUUUCCACAUUUUGUUACAUUACAGCCUUAUUCUAAAAUUGAUUAAAUAGUGGGGGGGUUUCAUGAAUCUACACACAGUACCCCAUAAUGACAAAGCAAAGACAGGUUUUUAGAAACUUUAGCAAAUGUAUUUUUUUUUUUACCCCGGAAAUAUUACAUUUACAUAAGUAUUCAGAGCCUUUACUCAGUACUUUGUUGAAGCACCUUUGGCAGCGAUUACAGCCUUGAGUCUUCAUGGGUAUGACGCUACAAGCUUGGCACACCUGUAUUUAGGGAGUUUCUCCCAUUCUUCUCUGCAGUUCCUCUCAAGCUCUGUCAGGUUGGAUGGGGAGCGUUGCAGCACAGCUAUUUUCAGGUCUCUCCAGAGAUGUUCGAUGGGGUUCAAGUCCAUUCUCUGGCUGGGCCACUCAAGGACAUUCAGAGACCUGUCCCUAAGCCACUCCUGCGUUAUCCUGCUGGAAGGUGAACCUUCGCCCCAGUCGGAGGUCCUGAGCGCUCUGGGGCAGGUUUUAAUCAAAGAUUUCUUUGUCCUUUGCUCUGUUCAUAUUUCCCUCCAUCCUGACUAGUCUCCCAGUCCCUGCUGCUGAAAAACAUCCCCACAGCAUGAUGCUGCCACCACCACGCUUCACCGUAGGGAUGGUGCUAGGUUUCCUCCAGACGUGACGCUUGGCAUUCAGGCCAAAGAGUUCAAUCUUUGUUUCAUCAAACCAGAGAAUCUUGUUUCUCAUUGUCUGAGAGUCCUUUAGGUGCCUUUUGGAAAACUCCAAGCGGGCUGUCAUGUGCUUUUUACUUACAAGUGGCUUAUGUCUGGCCACUCUACCAUAAAGGCCUGAUUGGUGGAGUGCUCCAGAGAUGGUUGUCCUUCUGGAAGGUUCUCCCAUCUCCACAGAGGAACUCUGGAGCUCUGUCAGCGUGACCUUCAGGUUCUUGGUCACCUCCCUGACCAAGGCUCUUCUCCCCCGAUUGCUCAGUUUGGCUGGGCAGCCAGCUCUAGGAAGAGUCUUGGUGGUUCCAAACUUAUUCUAUUUAAGAAUGAUGCAGGCCACUGUGUUCUUGGGGACCUUCAAUGCUGCAGAAAUUUUUGGUACCCUUCCCCAGAUCUGUGCCUCGACACAAUCCUGUCUCGGAGCUGUACGGACAAUUCCUUCGACCUCAUGGCUUGGAUUUUGCUCUGAAAUGCACUGUCAACUGUAGGACCUUAUAUAGACAGGUGUGUGCCUUUCCAAAUCAUGUCCAAUCAAUUGAAUUUACCACAGUUGGACAAUUUAAUCAAUUUUAGAAUAAGGCUGUAACGUAACAAAAUGUGGAAAAAGUAAAGGGGUCUGAAUACUUUCCGAAUGCACUGUACAUUAACAUUUUUGUUUUUAAGCCCUGGAUUUAUAACCCUUUGAUGUUCUUGUUGGAUCUGAUUUUAGUAGCUAGCAUUUCAAUGUCUAUAACAAAUAGAUACGGAGACAACAGAGAGCCUUGUUUUACUCCUCAUGACAGUUAAAUACUUUCUGAAAAGUAAUCAUUUUUUACUAUUUUACACCUGGGGUUGCUAUACAUAACUUUAACCCAUUGUAUAAGAGAUUCACCGAAAUUGAAAUAGUCCAGGCAUUUAUAUAUAAAUUGUAAUCGUACUUUAUCAAAAGCCUUUUCAAAAUCUGCUAUGAAAACUAGGUCUGGUUCCAUUGUUUCAAGUAAUUGUCGUAUAUUAUCUCCAAUGUGUAUCAUCCAUGUAAAAAGCCAGUCUGAUCAGAAUGAAGAGUAUCUGGUGAAACCUUUUUAAUUCUAUGUGCUAUGCAUUUCGCCAGGAUUUUCGCACCACAACAUUGAAGCAUUCCUUUGUCUUUGUUAUUGUACAUUAUAUUGCCCCGUUAGAUAAACAUGUAUCAUGUCGCAACAAUCUGUUUUAGUUUAUUACACUGUCAAGCAACAUGUUUACCUCCCGAGUGGCGCAGUGGUCUAAGGCACUGCAUCGCAGUGCUAGCUGUGCCACUAGAGAUCCUGGUUCGAAUCCAGGCUCUGUCGUAGCCGGCCGCAACCGGGAGACCCAUGGGGCGGCGCACAAUUGGCCCAGGGUAGGGGAGGGAAUGGCCGGCAGGGGAUGUAGCUCAGUUGGUAGAGCAUGGCGUUUGCAACGCCAGGGUUGUGGGUUCGAUAAAAUAAUGUAUGUGCUAACUGUAAGUCGCUCUGGAUAAGAGCGUCUGCUAAAUGACUAAAAUGUAAAUGUAAUGUUUACAUUUUGCAAAGUAAACAUUGCCCUGAGCAACUAUCUCUAUUUGUCUUAUUUCUGAAGAAUCGGCUAAAGCCCCCCAGUUUCCAGCCCACCCUGGAGAGGUUUCCCAUGGCCAAUUUACACAACCACCCUUACAGGUUAGCUGUCUGAACAAAAUUCAACUUGCCACUGGUUUUCACUUUCAUUAUGGGGGUCCUUAUUGGGUCUGCAAUGUUAUGUGCUUUUAUUGAAAUGUUGUUCUCUCUACUCUCUUAGCCCCCAACCAAACGGCAUGCGGCCCACUUUAGAUAGAUCGUCUUUGGCCAUCCCUCCAAGCCAGCCAUACAGGUAAACCCUUGUAAGACUGUCAUAUAGAAUGUAUCCAAAAUGCAUUCUAAGCAAAGAAAGUAGGAAUUAUUAUUUUUGCAACGCUUGCUUUGUUAAAUAAACCCCAAAAAGUAAUCAGGAAUUAUUGUGGUCCUCUUUUCACCAGAAAAUAACUUCCCGUUUACUACAUUGUUCUCUUCAUUCUCUUAGCUCUUCACCAAACAACAUUCGUCCCUCUUUAGAUAGAUCGUCUUUGGCCAUCCCUCCAAGCCAGCCAUACAGGUAAGCUAGUUUAUGUUGUGUUUUUCAGUGUAAUACUUUGUUCAAUGGCAGUGAUGUUGUACACAUUUUGUUUGUAUAAACAUACGAUACUCUGUGAUGGACAAAAAAGUUAAAAUUAGAGACAACAGGACAAUGCUCCCUCUACACAGUACUAGUAGUCAUCCAGUGAUUUGAGGAGCAUGACACUGACGUUAUCCAUACCCAUUUCCAGCAUGGUAUUUUGUCAUUGACUAAAAAAAUCUACUAUUGAAAUGUUGAACUCUAUGCUCGCUCAGCCCUUCACCAAGCAGUAUGCGACCUACUUUAAAUAUAUAUAUUUUUGCCAACCCUGUGAGCCAGCCAUACAAGCCCGUUUCUUUUGAUUUGUGUGCUUUCAAUCUGAUACAGUACUUUGUUCCAUGACAAGUUAUAUGAUCAUGUGCACUUAACUACAUUAUAAUUAUUGUUUUGAACUGUCUGCUCCGGGGCUGUAGCUAUGCUACAGGGAUGACCCAGCCCCUGGGUAACGCCUACCCCAAGUCUCCAUCACCAAGGAACCCCUAUGAAGACAGAGCGCCACCUCCAGACUGUUAUGACGACCAGCACAUGAGACCAACACAGCCCCCACCAGGACACAAUGGCAUGAUGGUGAGUGAUUGCUUCCCCCUAUUGAACAGUAUGAUAAAUUCAACUGAUCAACUGGACAAGCAAACUGUAGGGCAAAACUGUGGCUGAAACGUGGCUUUAAUCUUAGCCCCUAGAUGACCAGGCUGCUAUAGAAAGCAGUGUUUUGACAUGAGAUCUGUUUCUAUCGUCUAGAGAGAAGGCAUGUAUGGGUAUCCUGUGGCCAGUUCCCCUGCUCCCCUCUACUCAGCUCCGGAGUACAACCCCAGUUCCCAGUUUCCCCGAGCCCAUUUGGAGAGACUCUGAGGACAAACAGUGGGACCCUGGACUGAACUAGGAAGGAAGUGGAGCUCCACCAAUUUCACUAUUACAAUGACCAAAAUUGAACUCACAUCUAAUUUAAAGUGAGCGGAAUAGCUCAACAUUCAAGGCCUUUGUAAACGUUCAUUUAACAUAGUAAAAAAUUGAAAUUUAAAGGCAAUGUUCCCACAUUCACAGAGAAUGCAUUCAAGGUAAACGCUGCAUAUGUCGGCUCA